UCAAAACAAAGCAGAGUUAAUGCUGCCGAGAGAGUGAUGGAGGGUGCACAUUUACCGCGAUGUGAGUCUUCUUUACCGUCGCUGUAACCGAACAACCGCCCGGAUAUGGCUGACACACCUGUCCGGAGACGGUCGGACAGAUAACUUCGCCCUGCAGCCGUUGCUUCCCCAGCUUGCUUUUUUUUUUUUUUUGCCUCGUCCGUGGAGCCCAGAACAAGAUGCUGCUGAAGAUGCCCCAGAAGCUGCUGAAAACCGCCAACUACAUAGAGCUGGGCAGCUACCAGCACUGGCCGGUGCUGCUGCCGCACAGGAUACGGCUGUACACCUACGAACAGAUCCCCCUCUUCCUCAAAGAAAACCCCUACAUCACGGACGGCUAUAGGGCCCACCUGACCUCCAAGCUUUGUCUGAAGAGCAUAUUUAUUCUGUCUAAUGAGACUGUGAAUAUCUGGAGCCACCUUCUGGGCUUCCUCCUGUUUUUCUCCCUCGGGGUCAACGACCUCUCCUCAGUAUUGCCGGCCGCCGGAGCAAACAGAGAGGACUACGUCAUCUACGCUAUAGGACUCUUCUGCUUCCAGGUGUGCAUGCUGUGUUCAGUGGGGUACCACCUGUUCUCGUGCCACCGCUCGGAAAAGACCUGCCGCCGCUGGCUGGCGCUGGACUUCGCCGGCAUCUCUGUGGGCAUCCUGGGCUGUUACGUCCCUGGGAUCUUCUACGCGUUCUACUGUAAUGCCUUUUGGCGACAGGUCUACCUGCUGACCGUGCUCUCCCUGAUCCUGGCCAUCUUCUGCGCUCAGGUCCACCCUCGGUACCUCAGCAACGACUGGAAGGUGAUAAGGAUGACGCUCUUCUGCUGCGUGGCGGGCAUCGGCGUGAUUCCUGCCUGCCACUGGAUCUGGCUGAGUGAAGGAUUUGCAUCGGAGAUUGUGCAGCUGUUCCUGCCUCGUGUGAUUGUAAUGUACCUGAUAGCUGGAUCUGCGUUCCUGUUCUACGCCACCAAAAUUCCCGAGCGAUAUUUUCCCGGUCAGGUGAACUACAUCGGCGCCAGCCACCAGCUGUGGCACGUGCUGGUGGUGGUGAUGUUCUACUGGUGGCACCAGACGGCCACGCACAUCAUGGACUUCAGACACAGCCGGCCCUGUUUCGCCCGCAGUAGCGGCAGAUAAGUGAACCCGCUGAGCUGUUGGCUCACCCUGUCCUACUGUAAACGCAAGAUGCCUGUGACGUAGAUGCUGACUCAUAGAGAUCGACUGUUAAAUGUCGUUCCAGAGUCUCCUGGCAGCGGCGUUAGAAAAGGAGAUUCUGUUACCUUCUGUCGUUAGAACAAUGAACAGGAAAAAAAAAAAAAUCAUUUGACCAUUAGAUCAAUGCAUGAAGCAGCAAUGUUCACUGUUCGGUAGAAACUUUGAUGUUUUAGUUGACAUCAUAUUUUAUGGUUGGGUUGUGUGUUUUUUUGUGUGUUUUUUUUGUGUGCAGAAGUAUUACAAAAAAUAGGGAUUCAUUUGAAUUGAAUGAAUAUAGCUGCCUGCAUGAACUCUGCCUUCUUUUGCCUGCAUCCUUUUAUCUAGCUGUAUGAAAUGAAUACUGAUGUUUUUACAACGUGUCUGUUUUUCAAAAAAGAAACGAGGGGAAUGUGGGCUGGCUCCUAGUCAGAGUCGAAAUGAAAUAAGAUAAGUAAGGAGAUGUGGCUGCGCUUGCACACAAACCCAUUGAUUCUCCGACAGUAUUUGGGUUGCAAAACUUUUAUUUUUGUUUUUUUUUUUUUGUUACUUUUUCUGCAUCUGUCUCAUGUUUUCCCAGUCAGAAAGUAAAUUUGCGGUUAUGGCAUUAAAUCUAAAAAGCAUCGCUUUAGUUGAUAUUGUUAUUUUCAUACCUGCACCUACCUCCUCAGGCUAAAUCACGAGCAACAGAGUCAAUCACAGAGCAGAUUGAGCCCCCUCCCCCCUCUGCUCUCACUGAUGAUCAAACCACCCUAGAUUGUUUUAUUUUAUUUUAUUUUUUUCAUUUUUGUUUUCAACAUGCAGCUAUAACCGCAAAAACCUAAUGACCACAACAAUCACCCUUAAGCAGUUGCUUUAAUAUGACAAUUAUGUGGAGAGCAGACUGACUUAAGCCUAUAAGCAGGGCAUAGUUGUUUGUUUUUCAUUGUUCCUCCAGUAAAAACAGGUAUAUAUAUUUUUUCUACUGCCAAGUGUAUGUUAAUGUAAUAUCCUCUGGAUUGUGUGUGCAUGGAGGAAUAUAUGAUAUGGAUCUUUAAUAACUGUUCCUUUAGGAUAAUAUAAAGAUUUAAAUUUUUUUUGUUGAAAUUUUUUUUGAAAGCAUGUCAGCACUUUAAGUGCAAUUCCAUGAUGUUUAUCCAGGCACCUUUUUGUGUUUAAGUUAUAAUCUCUGAAGAAAUGAAAGCCUAAAAAAAAAAAGUAAAACUCAUUGUCAAUCACGCCUUCAGAAAGUGGCUUUAAUAAAAUGGACACAACUCCCUGUAUAUGCAUAGGUAAUCCUGGUAGAAUUGUGUAAAAAGCCUUCUAAUGAUAAUAAGAAAAGUGGCAAAAAGAUGUAUAAUUUCAUAUUGGAAGAAUCUAGAAAAAUCCAUCCAAUUUAAUCUGAGUGCAACUAUUUAAUGUGGAAAUUGUCUUACUUGAAGAAAUCAUGAUUUAAGAAAUAAGACACCCCUAAUAAGUCCUAUAAAUAUACUUGCUAAUACUUGAUUAGUAGCAUAUUUAAAAACUUUUUACCAGUAAUCAUGUCUUUUUUCCAGUGUUAUAUGUACAUAUCACCUGAAAAACAGGUAGAUUUCUCUUAGCCACUUCAAGCUUGGAAAGACAAGAGAACCUACACGUCAAGUAAGGCAGAUCUUUGUUGAUGUUCAUGAAUCAUAAAAAGGCUUAAGGAAAAUGGCUGCUUAACUAGAUUUGUCAGAGCCACAAUUAAGUAAAAUCUUAAACAAUUGAAACUGUGACAGUUGAGGUUGGAAGAAGAUUUUAUAAUUUUAUAAGCAAAAUGUCCUCUUUAGGUGGGCUGUUUAGCACUUACUGUAGACCAAAACAAGAUGUGUGGCAAGCCACGCCUCUACUUUCACAAUCUAAGCACCAGACCAGUUAUCCGUAUAAAUUUUACAUUUGUUUUGUCAAAAAGAGAAUGCCCUGAAUUUAAGCUAGGAUCACAGUGGGCAGCUGAGACGCCCGGCGGACUGCAUUAAACAACGCUAACGGUGUUAGCUGGGCUGCCGGCUACUCGCCUCACAUAACAGCAAUGCCAGGGCUCUCAACUCUCAGUUGAGAAAAAUACAGUGGGUAGAACAGUUGGUUUUCUUCUGUUUUAGACCACUAACUGAGCAAUAAAGUGUGGACACUCCUCUGACACUUUUUAACAAAUGUAAAACAUCUCUACUUCCAUGUCUUGUUGGGUAAAAAUGAGAUGGCAUCGACUCAUUGAUCUUCUACUUUAUCUAGAAACUUAAAAGCACAAUUAGACACACAGCAUCACAAAUAUCAUUAACCCAUCAGGUGCGGAAGAACAUGUCUGACGUGUCCAGCAGCUAAGUUCUCGGUUUAUUUACAAGGUAAAUGGAACCAGAGCAAAGACAAGUAAUAACAGUUUUUAUUUCAAGACAAAAAGCCCAGACGAUAAAUAAAUAAAAUCCUCAAGUAAAGAAAAAAAACAAAACACAAACUCAUCCAUCACAAAAAACUAUUCCAAUUAGUAGUAACAGUAAUUAUCUGUUUUAAUAGUUUGCACUCUUAAAAAUAUGAAAAAGUAAAACCUGUGAUUAGGAGAAGUUUAAUUUACUUUACAAAAUAUAGAGCUUUGUUUGUUUUCUUGAUGCUGCUUGAAUAAGGCCAGUGGAAAUUGGAAACUUCCUAAAUCCAUUAUUUUCUUGCACAAAACGGAGACCUGUUAUUAUUACAAGCAUAAAAUGUUAUUAUUUUUUUGCACAUUUUAAGUCCUGUUUGUUGUUCAUUUGCCUUAUCGCUGAGGUAACUGUACUGCCUUUUCACGGUUUCUCACACAACCAGAACAAAUUAUUGAUAUGUCUUUUUUUUUAUUUUAUUUAUUAAAAAAUCUAAUUUGUGCACAAUAGAAAGCCCUUACUGCUGUGGACUGCAGCUUUGAUAAUGCAUUGACAGCUGCCAAAAGAAAUAAUUGUUUCCCCAUAAACUAUUUUUUCUUGAAUGACCUGUGUAUUUGUGUUUUCCUUACGGUCCCUUGUGUUUAGCGCAAAAGCACUGACAAACGUGAUGAGAUGAACAUUUGUUUCUGAGCCUCUGUAAAAAGAUAUUUUUGGACAUUUUGGACAAAUAAAGACUGUAAAAAAACUAAA